AUGGCAAAAAAACCUUUAGGGCCCGGCCCCGGCGCGUACCUGCUGCCCACGACGGUCGGCCACCAGCAGCACGACCCAUCGCGCUACCGGAGCCCCAUGUACUCGUUCGGCGCGGCGGCGGGGCGGCGCAUACGCGCGCUGGGCCCCGGGCCCGCCUACCGCAUCGACCGGGUCACGCGGGACGGACUCGUGUCCGCGCCCGCCUGGAGCUUCGGCGCCAGGUUUCCGUCGCGCGCGGCUACUCGCGCCCCAGGGCCGGGCUCGCACGCUCCCGAGCGCUGCCCCCCGAUGAAGGACCCCCGCGCUCCUGCCUACUCCAUGGGCGCUCGACUCGGCUUCGCACCGAGACGGGCCGGGCCCGCGCCUAACGCCUACGCGCUCAAACUAGGCUCUGGCUCGCCGGCUUAUACCAUGGGCGCUCGGGUCGGGUUCCAAGCUAAAGCCAAGUCUCCGGGACCUGCGGUCUACUUCCAGAGGGACGCUAACGUAUACAGGACGAAACCGCCAAUGUACUCGCUGGGCGCGCGACUGGGGGCGGCGCUGCGCGGGGCCCGCACCCCCGGGCCCGCCGCCUACCCGCCCAACCUGUACAAUACUAAAAAGAACCCGUACGCGUAUUCAUUUGGGACGAAGCACGCGGACUGGGCGCCGCCGAUGAUCAUCCGGGAAGACACCAUGGACUGUCUGUAG